AGCAUCGGUUUAUUUUGGGGUUCAGCUGUAAGCUGUCGCAGCUUUAUCGACCGUUUUCCAUAUCGCGGCAGUGAUUCACUUUCCACCCACUGCAAAGUGUAAGCAAUCGUUGUUCCUUCGAAAAACGGAAGCAGCUAGCUUGUGCCGAGUCGCGCUUCCGCUUUGGCUAGACAGCGCCCCGGAGUGACGGUGUCGCGAUGGCGUCCAUGUUCGACCAGUACUCGAGCGACCUGAUACGGGAAAGCUCCACCGAUCCGGAUGCUAGCGCCGAGCCGAAAACGUCCGGGUACGUGAGCGUGCGGACCCGGAAGGAGGUGCCCAUCUUCACCAAGCAAAAGAUGAACCUGAACCUGCCGUCUGGCAUCCUCUUCCUCUCGGUGCAGAACGACUGGCUGAUGAUGCUGAUGACCAACCUGACCGUGCUGCGCAUGAACCUGAAGCAGCCGGACAAGUUCACCGAGGUGCCGAUCGACAAGACGAUCGGUGGGCUGCGUCCGUCGAGCAUCUACGUCGAUCCGCUCGGGGCGCACCUGUUCCUUACCUUUCUGCCCAAAUCGCCCGGGUUCACGCCCGAGCUGCUCUACCUGCAGCGCAACAGCUUCAAGCCCAAGUUCGUGACGAAGCUGAAGGACCAAGAAAUUACCGCGAUCGGGUUCAACCACGUGAACACGUCCGAGACGAGCACCGGGCCGAUACUGCUCGGGACGGCCCACGGUGUGAUCUGGGAGGCGGAGGUCGGGCUGGAAAGUGGCGACAAGCUGGUGCAGCAGAACGUGCGGCACGCGUUCGACGUGGGCAAGGGCGAGCAGCGCCCAAUCACCGGGCUGGAGUUUUAUCUCAAGACGGAGCAGAAGAGCCUGCAUUGCAUCGUGCUGGUGCUGACGGUGGACCGGCUGUACAAGUUCCACAACACGAUCCGGCCGGGUGGCGGUUCACUUGCUGGCUCGACAGCCACCGCAGCGCAGGAGCUGAAGCUCGGCGGCUACCUGCAGAAGGUGUUCGGCCCGUACCAGAACGUGGACGACCAGUUGCGCGACUUCGAGGAGCUGUCGGUGGGCGGCGGCAAGGGCAGCGGCAGCGGCUCGGCCAGUGCCGGCAGCUGGCCGAAGCUGGUGUUCAACUACGAGGAGGACUUCCCGAAAAGCUUUGGCUGCCUGACGGAGCACGGCAUCAACUAUCAGGAGAUCGAUCCCGCCAUCAACCAGGCCCAGUUUGUGGUGCAGAAGGAGCUGAUCACGUACCCGGAGCCGCGGUACGUGCCGCCCGCCACCAACUCGCACAAGGUGGCGCCGCGCACGAACUGUCCGCUCUCGUUCAUACUGACUGACUUUCACGCGCUGCUGCUGUACGCGGACCACGUCAGUGCGAUCUCGCUGCUGGACUAUCAGGUCGUGUACGAGGAGUACUUCGUCGAGCAGUACGGGCGGCUCAUCAACAUCGUGAAGGACGUCCGCUCGAACGUUACGUUCGUGUACAGCAACAAGCUGAUCUUUCGCUACAAGAUUGUGAACGAGCAGCGUAACGCCUGGCGGCUGUACGCCGACCGGCAAAAGUUCGAGCUCGCCCUGCAGUACUGCAACAAAAAUCCGGCCCACCGGGACAUUGUGCUGGUGAAGCAGGCGCAGUCGUACUUCUACGCCGGCGACUACCUGCAAGCGGCGGCCAUCUUCUCCGAAACGCAGCUCAGCUUCGAGGAGGUGUGUCUGAAGUUUCUGCAGAAAAACAGCAACCAAGCGCUGCUGCUCUACCUGCGCAACCGGCUCGGGCAGCUGAAGCCGCACGAGAAAACGCAAAUCACCAUGCUGAUCGUGUGGAUCGUGCAGCUCUUUCUCGUGGAGCUGUCCCACCAGCGCGGAUCGGGCGGGGGCGAAAAGGCGACGCGCGACCUGCAGAAGCAGUUCGAAGCGUUUAUGGCCAGCCGGCCGGUGAUGGCGUGCGUGCGCCGGAACCGGACCGCCAUUUACGAUCUGAUGGCGUCGUACGGCGACACGCACAAUCUGACCGCGCUGACCACGAUCAACCAGGACUACGAGUCGGUACUGCAGCAGUACAUUAACCAGGGCCGGUACGAGGAUGCGCUCGGAGUGCUCAGUGCCCAGAACCGGCCCGAGCUCGUCUACCAGUAUGCGCCGAUCGCGAUGGAGGUGCUGCCGGCGGCCACGGUCAGCAUGCUGAUCGGGCAGGGGCACCGGCUCGAUCCGGUCCGGCUGAUGCCGGCGCUGCUCUGUCUCGAUACGCCGCAGCACGCACACGAAACGGUGCGCUACCUCGAGUACUGCAUCCAUUCGCGGGGCUGCGUCGAGCCGGCCCUGCACAACUAUCUCAUCCAGCUGUACGGUGUGCACUUUCCGGACCAGCUGCUCACGUUUCUCGAGUCGCAGGGCCGCGAUACGACGAUGGUGCAUUACGAUCCGCAUUACGCGCUGCGGAUCGCGCUCCGCCACGACAUCCGGCCGGCGAGCGUGUUCCUGCAAUGCUUGCUCGAGAUGUGGGUGCCGGCGGUGCGGCUAGCGCUGACCCUGGAGGAUGCCGAGGCCGCCCGACAGCUCGCCCGCCAAACGGCUGCCCAGCCAAGCGAUCGGGUGCUGCGCAAGCGGCUGUGGCUACUGAUCGCCGAGCACGAAAUCAAAGGCACGCGGGACGAGGAAGUCCAGCGAGCGCUCGGCAUACUGCAGGAGUGUGACCAGCUCCGGAUCGAGGACCUGCUGCCCUACUUUUCCGACUUUCAGCGCAUCGACCAUUUCAAGGAGGCGAUCUGCCGCUCGCUGAAGGAGUACAACGUGAAGAUACAGGAGCAGCGGCGCGACAUGGAAGAGUCGGCCAAGUCCGCCAACCGGGUCCGGCAGGAGCUGCAAACCUUCCGCAGCCGGUCGGUGACGGUCAGCGCACAGGAGCAGUGCACCGUCUGCGGCGUCUAUCUGAUGCUGAAGCCGUUCUUCGUCUUUCACUGCGGCCACAAGUUCCAUGCUGACUGUCUCGAGCGCCAGGUGCUGCCGUACCUGAGUUCUGAAAUGUCGGAUCGGUUGACGAUGCUGAAACAAUCGCUCGCUACGGCCCAGCACGCGGUCGAGAGUGCUGCAUCGGCUGGAGUAGGAUCGGCCAACGCACUGGAGGCCGCCCCCGUACCGCCCAUCUCACACAAGGAAAAGCUCAAGAGCGAAAUCGAGGCCAUCAUCUCGUCCGAAUGUUUGUACUGUGGCCAUCUAAUGAUCAAUGCGCUCGACAAACCGUUCGUCGAAAACUGGCAGCAGGCCGACAGCGAAUGGGACUAGGUGGCUGUUCGGACCACGCGCUAUUCCAUUCUGCAAUAUGUAUAGGGACAGUGUACGCUUUAUACCGCUCAUAAGGAGCAUUUAAAUGUCUGAAAUAGUUUAUUUCGAUUAUUUACAUUAUCUUUUCAGUGUUGAUGUGUAUAGCAAAUUAAAUUAAAGUUCAAAGUUCGGUUCGGUUUAUUGUGAAGAAAAAUGUAUCACUCGAUCAAACCCAAAGCGCUAGGCAUACGAGCAAAAGAGGCGUGCUGCCGGUAAUGAUUUUUGUAUUAUUGUACGAUCCUUCGAAAGGAAUGCUGUAAUGCAAAUGGUAUUAAACUGUACAUCUAUCUAUUCAAUAUAUUUAUCUAUUGUUACAAUUACAUGCAUGCAUUUUGUUUUUUUUUUUAAUUAUAAUCUUUUGGUCUUGUGCAGAUUGGUAACGAAUCACAAAAUGUUGUAUUGGUUAGCCGCAAAAUAAUGUAACCUUCAUCUCUAUAACCACCUAUCCAACUAUGUUUUAGUAUGUAUGUAUGGGUAUGUUUUGCUUUUUAGCUAUUACUUUCUUUUGAUAAAAUUCGGAUAUUGACUUGGAAUUUAAGCAAUACCUUGAAGAACAUGUUUCCUUUCAGAUAAAAAAAUCGAAAGUUCACAGAUUUUAAAAAAUUUAGGUAAACAAUUUUUUUUAAUAUCCUUUGGUUCCUACUCCGGUUGGUCAUACAUUUUGUAUGAAAGUUUACACAUCCAUGAAAUAAAACGCGUACAUCUUUGGCUGUGAUUAUCGUUUUGACUUCAAACUCUCAAUAAAUAUGCCUUUUACUAUUUGCUAACAAGCAUUGAAAAAUUCAAAAUUAUUUUUUUUUCAAUUUUAAUUUAAUUUUAAUUGUUUCUAAUUUGCAUCUCUUCCAUCUUUAAACACCUACAUGCGUAGGUUAUACAUUUUGUAUGGGACUACAAAAUCACAACUGAAAAGAACAGAACGUAUCGUAAGAAUUUAAAAUAUUUUUUUUAUUUUAUUAGGAACAGUCCAAAAAUAUUUUAAAUAAUAUUGUAAUUAGUAAAUUACUUUUUUCGUUUUUAACAUACGUUAACAUAUUAUAUAAUUAUUGCGUUGACCUAAGACAAGAAUGUCAUGAUUCCAUAUUUUACUAAUCUAAGAGUAUCAAGAUUUAGUGUUUAGAACGAACUUAUCUGUAGGAAAUCUAUUUGAUUGUUAUUUUUUCAUCGAUAUCUCUCCUUUAAACCUACGAGGGGGGUAUCGGGCGUCUCUUAUAUACCUAUCUCUACGGACACCCGUCAAUUUGACGGAUGGAUAAAAAUACGUUUUCAGAUUGGUUAAAAUCAUGAAUAACUAUUUUAUUAAUAUUAUGAAUCAUUUAACAUGUUUUGAUUUCCAUAACACAUUGUCUGCACAAUGCUAAUUUAUUGUAAUAGUCGUUAUAGUUGCACCGAACACAUGAACCGAUAUCUUUGUGUUGCCACAUUUUGACCGAUGCCUGCGGGAGUUUCGAAAAACACGAGGAAUAAGUUGAUCUGCAAUUCCGUUUGAAACCACUUUAUUUAAAUCAUUUAUCAAGAUAUUUAUGAUAAUAAGUUGUUUAUAGUUCUCUUUCAUUCUUACAUUUACUUUCGUUGGAAAAUGUAAUAACUUAAUUAAAUAAACUAAAUGUACUCAAUUCAUCCAUUCAAUUUGACGGGUUCCGUACAGAUAGAUAUACUUAUGUACAUAUGUAUCUGAAAAUCAAUGAAAGUUAUGAAAAUGAUGAAAUGAAAUCAUGAUAAAUUUACGAAAAGUAAAAAUAAU